GUGAUCUGGGGUUUGCAUCUCUUUCCAGCAUGCCGAUUGGUGCUUUCGAACUGCAAGCAUUCGUGUGGCUCCCAUCCUUCCCUUCCUCCUCGUGCUGUGGGGUAAGGAGAAGGAAAAUAUGGAGAUGGUCAAAUUUCAAAUAAAUGGAAUGACCUUUCCACCCUGCCUACUUUCUCUUCCUUACCUUUCAAGCCUUCUCAACUCCAAGUCGGCAAGGUCGAUUUCUUCCUUCAGACCUCAUCUUCUUUGCCUUCAUAGUUAUUGAUCUCGGCGGGUCGCCAAGAUGGUUAGCAAAACCCGUGUCUACAACUGUAAAGCGGCAAUGGUGGCUGCUGGGUGUAUGGUGCUAUAUGGAUAUGAUGCCGCUGUUUUCAACGCAGUACAGGCCAACAAGCACUGGCUCGCUUGGUUCAACACUCCUAAAGGAGAGUUGCUCGGUCUCAUCAAUACGUCGUACUCAAUCGGAGCCAUUGUCUCCGGGUGGUUUCUAGGUGGCCCAACCGCAGAUCUCCUUGGCCGGAGAUGGGGCAUGUUCAUCGGAUGCUUCAUUACAAUUAUUGCAACAUUCAUUCAGACAUUUUCUCCUCGCCAUGAAAUUGGUGUCUUCAUAUUUGGUCGUGUCUUGAUUGGUAUUGGCCAAGGGAUGGCUCUGACUGCUGGACCUGUUUAUAUUGGAGAGAUCACACCCCCAACAAUUCGAGGGAAAGUUAUGUCUUUCUGGCAACUGUUCUACUCCGUCGGGGCAUUCAUCGCAUAUUGGGUCAACUACGCGUGCGCGAAGCAUAGUGCCCUACUCGGCGAGUGGGACUGGAAGAUGGUAGUGAUGUUCCAAAUGCUCGUUCCAUUCCUCAUCAUCUGUCAAUUACCCUUUCUUCCCGAGACGCCACGUUGGUACAUUCAACACGGCGAUCGCAUCGAAGAUGCUCGCAGGUCGUUGGUGAGAGUUCGUGAUAGCGAUCAAGAAGUCGAGGACGAGAUUUUGGCUAUCCGCGAAGCCAUCACAUUCGAGAAGGAAGUCAUAUCUGGUUCCUACCUUGCCCUCUGGAAAGAUGCUUCUGUCCGAAAGCGAUUACUCUUGGCGUUCGUGAUCAAUAUCGGACAGCAACUCUCCGGACAAGGAACUUUGAACUCCUAUUCCUCCACGAUAUACAAGAAGGUCUUUACGUCCACCAACACCAUCAAUCUGAUCAAUGCCUUGAACGCUACGUGCGGAAUUUUAUUCACACUCAACGCUACGUGGACAGUUGAUCGCUUUGGCCGGAAGUUCUUGUUCAUCGGUGGCGCCAUCGGUAUGGCUUGUUGCAUGCUGAUCGUCCCCAUAAUCGGCUUGGAGACGCCCGACACUGCAGCUGGAGGAAAGUCCGAGCCAGUAGGAAUUGCUAUUGUCGCCAUGUUGUUCCUAUUCAUCUUCUUCUACAAACCGUCUUGGGGUGCUACAACCUGGAUUUGGACAUCCGAGAUCUUCUCAAUGAACGUCCGCUCCCAAGCAGUUGGGAUGUGCUCACAAAUGCAAAACGUGGCACAAUCUGUGUUCAACCAAUUCUUCCCAACUUUCUACAACAACUGUGGUCUGAAGUCUUUCUUCUUCUUCAUGACGACGAACAUCUGCUUGGCAUUUUUCGUCUGGUUCUGCAUCCCGGAAACAAAGAGUGUUUCGCUUGAGGAGGUCGAUGUGCUAUUUGGAGGUGCUAAUCACACCGAAAAGGGUGGUGACUUGCUUCAUGUUGAAGACGCUCAUCAUGCUCAUAUCGGUGUUGACAACGUUGAUCACAUUGAGCCAGCGACGACCGUACCAGUCGCAGCUGAACUCAAGAUGUAAUGUCACUGGGACUCAAAGAGGGUUUGGCUUUAAGCUGAUGUGCAGCGGGUGGAUUUAAGGGCGAUGUUAACUUAUUGGUAAAAUAGUAAAUGAGAG